GUCCUGGGUAAUUUUUGGGAGUAACUUCAGUGGCACCCCGCCUCCCCCUCCCCCUUUCAUUCCUGAGGCAAGACCAAGGAGAAACCGACUUGGUCCAGGCGGGAAUGGUGAACGAUCUACACAGAAUGCAACCCAGACGGCUUCAUUUUUAAUCAAGUCAUAAUAGAAGGCUUUGCAUGCAUUUUAUUCAUUUAUUUUUUGUGCGUGUUUAACGUAGGGAAAACCUUUUUUUUCUCCUCCCCCCACAAGUAAAGUUUAGCUCACUGAGCGAAAAGUCUCAACUCAAAUUAGAGUUUCCAGGAGGCGGAUAUACGGUACAAUGGAUCUUGUGACACUGGUGGCAUUCAGUUCCUGGCUGGCUCCUGCGCUUGGAUCAGCAUUUGGAAGGGAGGUGUUUGUUUCUGCAGCUGAUGAUGACAAAGACUACGACAGGGAUUUUCAAUAUGAUUAUGAAUCUCUGAGAAUUGGUGGGCUGGUUUUUGCAGUGGUGCUGUUCUUCCUGGGCAUCGCAAUCAUUGUCAGCCGAAAGUGUACCUGUUCAAAGAGAGACAAGCCAAGACCCAGGGGUCCUGAUGGGGAACCAGGUGUUCGAAGAGUUUAACAGACAUAGAAGCAAAACUGUUUUGCUGAAUGUUGCCAUUAGGUGGCAGCAAAUACUACGUCAGCGGCAGACAAUCUUUCCAUGAACACAUGAAGCUAUCUACAGUUACAUAAUGUUACAGUUCUCUUUUGUUAUGUUUUUAUCUCCUUUAAAUGGUAGUAGAUAUUGUGCCAACUUUAUAUAAUGGCGAUAGUGUUGUUAUCGUUUGUAUUUUUGAGAUUUUCACUUCGAUGCAGGAUAAUAAAGCAAAUGUUUGACACGA